AUGGCAGAAGUCGUUCAAACUCGACUUGAAGAAUUGCUUCCUGUUUUUGAAUUAUUAAAAUAUUGUAAAUUAGUUGAACCUGAAGAAUUGGCUAUACUAAUUAAUAGAUGUAAACGUUAUGAAUAUAGACUUCAAAAAACCAAAAAAGAAGCUGAUGAUUAUAUUUCAUACAUAGAAUUUCUUAAUGAAUUUAUAACAUUAAUUGGACUUCGUAGAAAAGCAGCGGCUUAUGAAUUUAAAAAGAAUGAAAUUGAAGGUCAAUUAAUAAAGAAAAUAAAUUUUGUUUAUAAUAAUUUGACUGAAAGAUUUAAAGGAGAUACAGAAUAUUUUUAUAAACAAAUAAGAUUUUUAAAGGAGAACAAAUUAUUUGGAGAAUUAAGCAAGACAUAUUCAAAAUUAUUAAGAUUUCAUGGUGACAAUGCUAAACAUCACAUUGAGGCUGGUGAAUGGGAAUUUUAUGAAAAUGGGAGUGUAGUAAAUGGAAGAAAUAUUUUUCAAAUUGCAGCAAGAAAGUUUCCAAAAAAUAUUGAUAUGUGGGAAGCAUUUUUUAAAUUAGAAGUUGAAUACGUCAAAAACAUUAUAAAAAGGAAGGAAUUUUUAUUAAAGAAGGAUAAGAAUGAUGAAAGUAUUUCCACAGAACAGAUUAUGGAAGCUGAAAGAGCAACUGAUGAGGUACUUCAAUUUAAACUAGCAGAGAUUGUUGUUGAAGAAGGGAUAAACAAUUUAGAGGAGGAAUUACCCAUUUCUGAAUUUGUUUUCAAAUGCUGGAUAUAUUUAUUUAAUAAACCUGAUGAAAUAACAAAGCCAAUACAACAAUUUGUUUAUAAUAAUUUAAAAGGAGAAUACCGUGUUAUUGCUGAUGAAAAAAUAAAUAAAUCUACUUCAUCAUUAUUAGAGUUAUUUGAUGAUGUUAUUGUAAAAAAUGACUCUGAAGCAAUGUGUCGAAUUUUUAUUAAAAUUGCAGACAAAGAUUUUGAAAAAGGUGAUGUAUAUGCUUUAUUAAAAAUUGGAGAUAUAUUGAAAUUUAUGUACACUAAAGGGUAUUGUAAAGCACAAGACUUUGUCAGUAUUGUUGAGGUUGCUGAACACCCUCAAUUACCUUUAGAGUUUGAAUGGACAAAUACUUUAGUUAAAGAUACAAUAAGACAUGUUCAAAAUUCAAAAUUAGUUUGGAAGAAAUUUUUAGAAGUUAUAGUCAAUGAAAUGGGUGAUAAAGACAUUGCCCAGCUGAAUGACGAAAUUAUACAAUAUUUUCAAAAAAUGGAUCUAUUUGAUUUUGAAGAUAUAUGUCGUGUCUACUAUGAUUUUCUUAUGAAAAUCUGCAAAGAAAACUUUGAUCAACAACUUAUUAAUUUUUCAAAAAAACUUAACUCAAAAUUAAGCGGCUAUUUUAAAUACUUUUAUAUUGAAUCUUUAGUUGAAGUCAAACCACUCUCUGAACUUGAAUGUAUCAUUAUUGAAAUGAUCAACGCAAAACCAAAUUCACCAGAAUUUUAUGUUAAAAUUGCUGAUUCAAUUUUUACAUCUUAUGGAAAAGAAUCAAUUUCUUUACUGGAAAAAAUUUAUACCAAUGGUAUAUUAGAACAUGGAAAAAUAUCAGAUGAUUUGUGGAUUGGUUACUUACGUUAUUGUUAUGAAUACAAACCACAAGAUGUUGCUACAAUAUAUAAUCGUGCUGUUGCGUCUCUUGAAUCAUGUUUCAUGCCUGUGUUUACAAGCAAAUGGACAAAGUUACAACAGGUUUAUAUGUCUGCUUAA